UAGAGCUAGGGGGAGGGAGUACGACAGAGCGGAACUUGUCGGUCUACUGCUAAAGGAAGUACUACGGUAGCAGGUCGUUUCCAAAACAUGGCGUAACACACUGUCUUCUGUUUGUACAAAUGAAUGAUGAAGUUCCAGUUCGUGUCUGGUUUGGUUGUCCACCUGGGACUACUGCUGUUAUGUCUCCUCACGACCAUCAUCAUGACGAUGAACAAGGCCUUCAUCCAGGCUUACAACGCCGGCCUCAGCGUGGACCUGAGGGGCUACCAGAUCGAGCCUGACGUUUCCGUCGGCGUCCACGUCUUGCUACUGGCUGUUGCGAUGUUUGUGCCAUCAUUAACAGGUUUGUUCUACGUGUGCAUCAAGAAGGAGGCGCAAAAGCGGUUCUACAAGAAGAGACUGCGAGUUGUCCAUGUAACCUUCCUUCUGGUGGGGAUUGUCGUCUUGAUUGUGCUGCUGUGUUCCGAAGCGGCAGCUAUUGGUGACAUCAACAGCGUCAACUGCAGUCUCGACUACAACAACUGCAGAUGUUUAGAUGCAGACACAUCCAACAACGUAUGUGCAUGCCGACAGCUCAGGAUAUCCUACUUUGUUUUCAUAACCUUGGCAUUGUGUUGUGAGAUCACCAGCUUGUUACUUGCAGCAAAGUUGAUUAAAUGUCCACCAUGCGCGGGUGCUGGCGCUGUCGGCCAAGGUCCAACUGAAAACUCCACCAUGGCUUCUUCAGUGGCUCCACGUACAACUCAAGGCGAAGGAAGCACAUCCGAUGCGAAGUAGUGUUUAGAUGAUCUUGAACCGGAAGUAGAGUUCCAAGCGAGUUUGGUGUUUCCGCUCUAAUCUGCAGGAGUCAACGAUCGAUGAGAAUCUCACGAAGAUGGAGAUUGUUCUAUACUGAAGGAGACUAAUCCAUCGGUGUUCCUAUAAUAACUGACUUCCAAGGGACCUAGUAUCGUUGCUAUGAGACGCUGAUAUUUUCUUUUUUUCUAGGUGAAGUGCCCAGUACCCUCGAACAUAUGUGUAUGGAAAUUAUUCUGAAGACCUGAGUACAGUGGAACCCCGUUAAUCCGGACAAUAUCCUUCCGAUUGAAAUUGUCCACAAUCACAGGUCCGGAUAAGCGAAUGUAGUACUACUACUAAGUAAUGUUCGUGUUUGCAUAUCAUAUGUGAUGAUAUUGUACAUUCUAAAAAUAUACAUUUCUAAUAACAAACCAAUGUUGCAUAAAAUAUGCCUUAUGUUUUUGCAUAGUUUGUAAGCAAAGUUACACACAGUAAUAAACUUGUAAAUAUGA